AUGGGGUUUACGAGCACCUUUAAGCUGCUCAAUCUUGGCAUCAAAAGGAGGACCUGGAGGCGUGUGAAGAAACAGCCUCCGCACCGUUGGGAUGCCAUCAGAAACCAGCUGGAUCAGUUGCUGCGAUACGGACGCAUCGAGACAACGAUUGCACGUGCCAAGGAGCUUCAGCCAUAUGCAGAGGAGCUGAUACACCUUGCAAAAAGGGGCCCCGAGAAGGCGCUGGCCGUAGAGUCGAUUCUGCGGACGCCGGCAGCCCGCAGGCGCUUGUUCGAGGAACUGCUUGGGACGUACAGACAUCGAAAUUUCUUCUUCACUCGAGUUGUGAAUCAGUUUCGUUUGAGAAUGCGAGAUGCAGCGCCGAUGGCCUACAUUGAAUUUGUUGAUAGGCCAGGAGAGCUGCGUCCAGCAAAGCCCGUGGGCCUUGAGCGGCAGAAAUACAUUUGGACACAGAUGGAGGAGACGCGUAGACAGAGACGUCUGUUGUGGAAUCAUGCACUCAAAAUGGGCCUUACGGACGCAUCAGGACGCCUUUUGAUCCCCCAGAUCUUCUAUGGGGGGCCCACCACCGAAGAGGCGCCUAAGGCAGAGGCGCCUCGAGCCAGGGCAAUGGAUGAAUCCUUCUUUGUGGAUCUUCCUCCCCCUAACCUUAGGGAGCGGAGAGCUAAGGCCAUCUCUAGACGCUUCUAUCCCUAG